UGGAGAAGCAUGUGGCACUAGUAUGUCAGUGCUGGGGACUAGGUAAAGAGAGGAAGAAAUCGGUGAAGUCAGAAGUCUCGGGUGUUUCCCCUACGCUUGUUCUUGUCAGGAAUAUUACAGAGAAAAACUUCGGAAAUAAGUAUAUUAUUAAUACGGUGAUCAGUAUUUACUGUUAAAGUUAUUCUGUUCUAACGCUCGUGUAUUAAGUACAGUAUUCUGUGAUAGCGUGUUGUUAGCUAACACCCAACGCAGUAAUAUUCAUAUCGGGUUUAUUUGUGAAUAUCUGAAAAUAUACUGACAGAUAUACUAAUUGAAUCAAAUUUCUUUAUAACUGCUAUGAACAACUGACUUUACGAGGAUGUUUCUACUCGACUGUCUGCUGAAGUUCUGUCUUAUUUGAUCUUGGUUAUUCUGUCUGCAUAUUGUAAGCUGAUUAUUACAACUGAUCUGUAGCGAUUAUCUACUGAUGCAGGCAGGGCUAAUGUAGUAUCGAGUCUAGUAGUAGUACAGCAUGUAUUGAUCACUGGCACUCUGAGAUUCUGUGUUACGUUAGGGUGAAAUUCAACGUGGUUUUGAAUACAGCUGGUUCAGAACUCGAGCCUUCUUGACCACUACAACUAAGUCUUUGUCUGCCAGUGAUAGUAAAAGGAAAUCGUGCGUGAGUUCGGGCAAGGAAUAGUAAAGCAGAUAGCCACAAGGUGUAGAGAUAACACAUACGACUAACCGUGGAAAGUACUUAGUUGUGUCUACUACGACAAGCUGCAUUCUCGGCAGGCGUACCAUGGCGGCCGUAACCGCAGCCCUUUCCCCGCCCUGUGAGAGAGGGAAAAGUGGAGUUGAAGAUGAACUACGUGACCUGAGAACCGAUACCGAUGACGAACUACUAUCUGAUCCGGGAAUUGAAGUAGAGGAUGAUGCUGAUGUUAAUGGUGUGGAUAAUGAGACUGGUCAUAAGACUACAGGCACAGUUAAACAGAAUCUUUCGAAGCCUUCCCAAAGAAUGGACAGUUAUAGAUUAUCCAUGGCCAACCUAGAAUCCAGCCAAGAUGUAGAACUUGAUGCAAUAUUGGGAGAGCUUUGUGCCCUAGGGUCUCACUUUGACAGAGGCCAUGCAAGGAGCAUUUCAGGAGGUAGUGAUAGCUUGAGGUUAUCCAGUUGUGUUUCUGGAGCAACCCUAGAGAUUCAGGGAGUUGCCCAACAAAUUUCUCGUCAUUCUGGACAUAGUCGUUCUAGUUCAGGGGGGACUAAGACAAAGUAUGAAAUUGGAGGGUCUCAUGGAGAUGUGCUAGAUGAAAUGGGACGAACCCAGAAACAAGAUUUUGGUCUCAGAACGGAUAGUCCAGAUAAUGAUUCGGCUUUCUCUGAUAAUGUUUCAAUGCUGUCUUCAGAAUCGUCUGCCUCUUCAGGAGCUGGAGUAAACAGGAGUGAUGUAACUAGUCAAAAUAUCUGUGGCCGGAGUGGUCACAUACCCCAGACCACACUCUUAUCACAGGAUGAUCAGGCUCGAAUAAAGUCGGAGAAAAUCAAGCUUGCUAUGGAGAAAAUUCAAGAAUCUCAUAUCAAGAGGAUAUUCAUCAAAGCUUAUACUGAUGAUGAUUGUGCCAAAAGCUUAUUGGUCGAUGAAAGAAUGACUGUGGCACACGUGUGUCGGCUUCUUUCUGAAAAAAUCCAUACAAAGAUGGAUCCUCAAUGGGCAGUUGUAGAAAGAAAUUUUGAUUUACAGUUAGAUCGAAUCUAUGAAGAUCAUGAAAACUUGGUGAAGAACAUAUUAAUGUGGACUCAAGAUGCAACGCAUAAACUGCUGUUUCUCAAGAAAGAGGAAAAAUAUGAAGUUUUUUUAAAUCCAGAGGAUUAUCUUCUUGGCUGUACAUCUUCACAGAAAAGUCCUGACAUGGAUGAUGAAGGCAAAGCUACAUUACUUGAAGAAUUUUUCUCAGCAACUAGAAUAGCAGUUCCGGAGAUGGAAGGAAGCCUCUUUUUAAAGAGUGAUGGAAAAAAAGCAUGGAAAAAGUACUUUUUUGUCUUGCGAGCAACAGGGCUGUACUAUAAUCCUAAAGGAAAAUCAAAGCUCUCCAAAGACUUGGUGUGCCUAACCAGUUUUGAAGAAAAUAAUGUGUACAUAGGUUUUAAUUGGAGAAAAAAAUACAAGUCACCCACUGACUUUGGAUUUGCUAUAAAGAAUUCAGAAAUCCAGAUAAAAUGUUGCAGGAGUAUCAAAUUUUUGUGUGCUGAAGAUUCCCAUACCUUGAAGCUCUGGAUGACUGGAAUACGUAUAGCUAAGUAUGGUCACCAACUAAAAGAAAAUUAUGACGGUGUAAUAAGGGAUAUUGAUGAAGAAGAUAUUGAUACACUUGCUCAUGCACGCAGCUUUUCUGUUAGUUCUAUGGCUAAAACACUGUCCGUUACCUCUCGUGGAGUGGAAAUCCCUGAUUGUUGGGAGCCUUCAAUUAUUGAACAAAAGAUAACAUCCCAUUUAUCAGUUAGAAAAAAUUCACAGUUUAGGCAAAGUCAAGGAUCUGGUUCAGUAGGAAAUCGCAUAUCCUUUGAACGUCGCCCACACAGAAGUUCGGUCAUUCGACGAGACUCUAUUAAGUCUAGUGCCAGUAGCAGUAGUAGUGGAUGUUCUAGUGUAAGUACUCCUACAAAUGACCAAAUAGCCUUUGAAGCUGAUUUUCCUGUUGGGACCAUUAAACGUAAGCCAAGCAUGGCACCAAAAAUUCCCCUUACUAGUACAACUCGCACCAUAGCCAAACAGUCCAUGUCUGAUGACUCUUGCAACAAUGUUGUCAAUUUGGAUACAGUUCAGGAAAGUACCAGAAAUCUCAGCUCUGUCAACAACACUCUUGGCCGAAACACUAUAACCAGAAUGAGCUUACGGCGAUCUCAUACUGAGGAUAAAAUUGAUGUGAAUGAUGUGUCAAAAGUUUUUCAAAGAAAGCAUUCCAUUGAUUCGGGCACCUUAACAAAGCAGGUUGAAAAACUUCAGGCUAUUGCUAAUGGCACUAGUGUCAAAAUGUCUUCUGUUGACAGUUAUAAAGAAAUGGUGGUUAAUAAUUUCAGUGAUGUUGAUGACCUACCACUUCCUCCACCACCUCCAGAGCUUGAAACUAGGGAAGAAAUUGUCCAAAGAGGUAUUUUACCUUCCCCUCCACCAGAAGCUUUCAACAGUGAAGGUAGUACUCUCAGUUUGGACUCCCUACCUCCACCCCCACCACCACUUCAGUUGGAUGAUCAGGUUAGUUGGCCAAGCACAUCCAGCAUAAAUUCUCUACCACCUCCUCCUAGUGCAAAUACACAGAGCUUAGAAGAUAGUGGGUUGCUCCAAGAGGGUUGUUAUCCAACAAGUCAAGAUGAUUUGAAAUUUCCACAGAAUGCUCCCCUUGUACCACCAAAACCUAAACAACAUGGCAAAGAAUAUAGGUCAUCUGUAGGAGAUAGUCCUUACUCCUCUUUGCCUCAGGUCCUGGCAGAUGAGCAACGAGGUCAAAGUAACACUUCUCUUCGAUCUAGCCAAAAGCCACAACAGAAGGAAGACCUUGCUGAAACUAGCUCUUGUGGAAUUUCACCAAGUGCUGUAGCUCAGCAACAGUCCUUAGAACAUCCAAGAAGGUUCAAAAAUGGAUCUCAGAAAAGAGGUAUUUCAUUUUGUCAUAGUAAUACUGAACCACAGCUCCCAAACUCUGACAUUAGCAGCCCUACCCAGAUACCUAACAUUUACCAAAAACCAGAACCUCCCAUAAGAAGUGAAACUACCAGACUGUCGCAUCAGAUUCCAGCUAUAGACAAAGCUUCAUAUUCAAGAGGUAGCUGUAGUGGUCAAGGACAACUACAGCCAAUUAUUACUCCUCCUGAAUAUUUUCUCCGUGAUCUGCAACGUGUCAUGGAAAAGAAGUGGAAGGUCGCCCAACAAUUAUCAAUAGAUCUCACAGCAACUCCACAUCAAAUAAUGGGUUUCAGAGACCCUUGUUUUUUGCCCCCUGAAAGUUCUGCUAUCACCCAUGCACCUCUUCAUCUUCCUGAUUCCUGCCAUACCAAUCACCAUCCAAAACACCACCAUCAUCAUCAUCAUCACUCCCACAAAUCUACAGAUGGGCAUUCAAGGCAAACCUCUAUGGCAAAAAAAAAGGCACCUCCACCCCCUCCAAAACGGAGUGAAAGCACUCAUUUAACUAGAAGACAAUAACUUUCACUCAAAACAGUGUGUGAAUUGUUGAUUUUGUGAAUGUGAUUGUUUUUUAUUUGUAGUACGCUCUGCUUAACAAUGCAAAGUUUGUUAUAGAAGAGGUUAAUUUGCAAGAUGAGACUUAUUAGAUGGUGCUAUGAUAACUACCAUUAAAUUCCUGAAAAGGAUAACAAAAAAUUAAAUAAUUUCAGAAAAAUUGACCAUAAAGUUUUAUUGGAUUGUGAUAAAAGGGAAUAUUUAGUGUGAACUUUUUAAUUAAAGAGAAAUUUGUAUGUAAGUUAAAAAAAAUUAUUACAUUUGCCUGACCUGACAAGUUUUAUAGGUAUGGUGAGAAAUCGGUCAAGCCAAUUUUGUCUGGUUUAAAAAAAAAAAAAUCACUGUUAUGUGAAUGAACACUAUAGUUAAGAGUGUAUUAUAUUUGUUGGUUUUUUUACAAUGUAAAAUGUUUAUGUGAGUAUAUGUUCCUUUGUGAAGAUAGACUAUAAAAAAGAGAUCUUCAGUUAAACAGUUAAAAAUAUAUUACAUAUAUGUUAUUCUACUGCUAAAAAAAAGGGUAAAUUAAGAAACAAUACAAGUUAUUUUUAGUCAAACCAUUUUAUCUUAGUUAAAUCAAGUGGGCUGAAAUUUUGACUUUUUUUUUUAAGAAACUAGUAGUAUUUAAUUUGAUGCUGAGUUGAUUAUUUUAAUGAACCAAAGAGCUUUUCAAAUCCUGGUAGUUUCUAUUUAGUCACAGUUUUACAAGAAACGUUUAUUUUGCACAUUACUACUCCUAAUUUUUCAAGUAAGUUAAAAUAUACAUGAGUCAUGAGAUUAUUACUUUUGGACCUAUAUAUAUAUAUCUUGGACAAUACCCUUUGAACUUUACAAAAUAGUAUUAGUUUGAUAAUUUUUAGUUUUUAUUUUAGUUGUUUCAAUAGACCGUUUAAACUGAAAGUUGUUUGUAAUAGAAUUUUUGC